AUGGUUCAUCGAGAUUUCAAACCAGAAAACGUGUUGGUUACAAAAGAUUUCAUUCUGAAAGUGGCCGAUUUUGGAUUGGUUCGGGACUUGACGCGAAUAGACACCGUUUCGACCGUUGGAACUGACCUUUAUAUGAGUCCCGAAUUGCUUGUUCCUUAUGGACAGAAUGCACAAGUGACCUGUCAAAGUGACAUUUAUGCAGUUGGACUCAUUUGUUGGGAGAUUGUCGAACGCAGGUGUGACGAUGGUGUGACGAUGUUAUGGGAGAUGAGAAACCAAAAUUUAAAACUGAAACCGCCAUGCUGCGAUGACCCGUUGAAGUCAAUAAUCAUGGGGUUCUUUACGGAUAACACGGUGGACGGAGCGAUUGGGGGCAGUCUUUUUUCAACCUUU